AUGACUAUGCAAAUUAAAGAAAAACUUAUAGAGCUUGUGCGGCAAUAUGAAUGUCUAUAUGAUUACAGACAUAAGGAAUACAAAAAUAAUAUACACAAAACUUUACUAUGGGAUGGAAUUGGAAGGACGUUGAAUAUAGAAGUUUCGAAAGCAAAAGAUAUAUGGCGAACUUUACGAGACGGGUACGUUCGCUAUAAAAAAGAAGCGAAAGGGCAAUCGGGCUCAAGCAGAAAAUAUAGUCAUUACAUGUGGAGCGAACAAAUGGCGUUUUUGGACGAAUCGUUGGCAUUAAGACCAACAAACACCAUUGUAACAUCACCACAAAUUAAAUCCGAACAACCGCAAUCCCCAACCUUUCUGGAAGUAUCGGUAUCACAGCAAUCUUCGAUUUCUCCUGAGGAAGAACCUUACUCAGUAGCACUUUGGCAGUCCUCUGCACAACCGGGACCUUCAUGGACGGAACCACAGCAACAGCUGCACCGAAUAUCCGAUUUCAAUUCUUCCACACAAUCGCCGCUGCUACUGCAUACUCACCCACAGUCGUCACCGUCUUCGUCCAUAUCAACUUCCGUUCCAAAUAUAGAUGGUCCUUCAAUUGCAAAAAAAAGAAAAAACAGCAAUAGUGACGAAAAUAAAUCUGGCGAAGUUCUAGAGUUUUUGAGAAAUAGAAGAAAAGUUUACGAUGCUGUAGACCACCUUUUUAUGAGUUACGCGAAAACAUUUAAAAAAUUAUCUCCAAGAAAACAAAUCGAAUUAAAAAAGUCGUUAGCAAAUCUUUUUGCUGACGCUGAAUUAAGUGAGUUGGAUAGUGAAUUUUCUCGAGAGGAACAAUAG